GCUGACAGACGGUGAAAGCCUCUGCCAGAGCUGUCGGUGGAAGAAGCCCGAGUAUCCACUCGUCGGUCGGUAGCCUCCACUGGCUGAAAAUACAAGCCGAUCAUUACUGGACUUCGGACCGCUUUACGGCCCGGGAGCACCUCGCCUAGAUAGACAGAAGAAAAUAUUUAGUCUGCACCCUGACUUUUCCAGAUUGGAAGCUGGGGACAGUCGCUGUCAGCUAACUUCCACAAUAGGUCGCUGCGUCGCUGGACCGCUGCAUAUGUUUUAUUUUAGCUUAACAGUUUGACUCCAGACCCUUCCAGCCGUGCCCAAUGCUGAGGAAUGGAUAGUGUGUCUGCUAAAGGUGGGAAGAUGGUCGAGAGCGAUGAGCAGCCGGAGAGGGAUAGUAGUAGCAGCGGCGGCGGCGGCGGCAGCAGCGGCGGCGGUGGCGCAGCGAUGGCCGCACUACAUCAAUGCGAACUCAUCCAGAAUAUGAUUGAUAUCUCCAUCUCCAGUUUACAGGGGCUACGGACCAAAUGCGCCGCGUCCAACGACCUCACGCAGCAAGAAAUACGCACUUUAGAGGUGAAGCUGAUGAAGUACAUCUGUAAACAGCUGCAGUGCAAGCAGAAAGUGCCAGAGACGGAGAGGCCCGAGGCCCUGGACAGCUACCCGCACUUACGAGACUGGCUGCGCACCAUCAACCUGCGACUGGAGCUCAUCCAGGCAGUAGAGGCCAAGUUGUCCCUGGAUGCCUUACUGCAGAUGACAGGUGCUCAGGUGAGAGACACCAUGAGAAGACUAGGGUCCAGUUCAGAAGAAUGUGCCCGACUCGGUGCUGCCCUCUCCUGUCUGAAGAGUGCCACUGAAUCAGGAGGUGAGCUGAGGGAAGACAGCAGUCCCUGGAUGUCUGAGCCCACCAGGAGGGACAGCGGCUCUCUGCUGACCGCAGACCAGCUGUCCAACCUGGGCACCCCGCUGCGCCCUCACAGCCCCUCGCCUCUAGCUCGCCCGUCCACCAUCCAGUCCACCCCAUCCACGCCGAGCGCCACGUUCCCCCACCCCCGCUCGGGGUCAAUGUCGGCGGCGCCCACACCGGACGCUCUGACGUCGCACAACGACAGCCCUCUCACAGACCCGUUCCCCAUGUCCUUCGCUCGCGCCGCCCGGCUCCACGGGCACACCUCCACCCCGCCCGUAACCCCACCCUCAAAGAGGCGACACAAGCUCAAGCCUCCCUGCACCCCUCCGCCGCCGUCCCGCAAGGUGCUGCAUCUGCUCCCCAACAUCACCCUGACGCGCAGCAAAAGCCACGAGUCGCAGCUGGGGAACCGCAUCGAGGACCCUCCCGCCAACAAGUGCGCUAAGAAGAAUAAGCUGUUCCUGAAUAUGCAAGUCAACGGGAAUGGAUGUGAAGACUCGCCUUCCCGCUACCCCGUCAUGUCUGCGCGGACGCCUGGAGUCGCCCCGGCUGCCACCACAGCACCUUACACCCUCCCUGGAACGCCUACCCUGAUGGAGGAGCACACAACGAUCAAGAAUAAUGUAGCAGUGCAUCGCAAUUCUCCACAAGCAGUGAGGAGGGACAUCGGCCUAGCAGUCACACACAGGUUUUCGACCAAGUCCUGGUUGUCCCAGACGUGUCAAGUGUGCCAGAAGAACAUGAUGUUUGGGGUUAAGUGCAAACACUGUCGAUUAAAGUGCCACAACAAAUGCACAAAGGAAGCUCCAUCCUGCAGAAUCUCCUUCCUGCCAAUCGCCAAAAUUCGGAGGACCGAGUCAGUUCCUUCGGAUAUAAACAACCCUGUGGACCGGCCGCAAGAAGCACCGCAGUUUGGCACACUACCAAAGGCCAUCACGAAAAAGGAUCAUCCCCCGGUGCUGAACCAGCUGGACUCCAGCAGCAAUCCGUCCUCCACCACCUCAUCCACACCUUCCUCCCCAGCGCCCUUCCAGCAGAGCAACCCCCCCAGCGCCACCCCGCCGCCCAACCCUUCGCCCAAAGGCCACCGAGACAGCCGCUUCAACUUCCCAGCUGCCUGUUACUUUCAGCAUAGACAGCAGUUUAUCUUCCCCGAUGUUUCCAGCCCUGCAAAUUUGCACUCUGACGUCCUCCAAGACACAGUCAGUGAGAUUGAGCAGACAGCAGAUGACAUACACUCAGAGCUGGUGGAAGAUGAAGAUGAAGAGGAAGAGGAGGAGGAAAUCGAUGACGAAGAUGAAGACCCCGAAGGGGAGGAGGACAACGAGGAAGACCACGAGGAGAAUGAGGACGAUGGGGAAGACGAGGACGACAGGGAGGAGAUCAGGAUGAACGUGGGCUCGGACGGAGAGUGCGACGAGCUGGAUGAUCUGCCCAGCUCUCGGGGAAACCAGUGGAAGGGCCCCAUCUCCCGCAAGGCCAGUCAAACCAGUGUCUACCUGCAAGAGUGGGACAUCCCUUUCGAGCAGCUGGACCUCGGAGAACUCAUAGGGAAGGGUCGCUGGGGUAAGGUGCACAAGGGUCGGUGGCACGGCGAGGUGGCGAUACGACUUCUCGAGAUUGACGGGAACAACCAGGAUCACCUGAAGCUCUUUAAAAAGGAGGUGAUGAACUACAGACAGACCAGGCACGAGAACGUGGUCCUCUUCAUGGGGGCCUGCAUGGCUCCGCCCCACCUAGCCAUCAUAACCAGUUUUUGUAAAGGGAGGACACUGUAUUCAGUAGUUCGGGACACUAAAAACACUUUGGACAUCAACAAGACAAGACAAAUUGCUCAGGAGAUUGUAAAGGGAAUGGGUUAUCUGCACGCCAAAGGCAUUGUCCACAAAGACUUGAAGUCAAAGAACGUUUUUCAUGAUACCAAUAAAGUCGUGAUCACAGACUUCGGGCUGUUUGGGAUCUCCGGAGUCGUUCAGGAGGGGAGGCGUGAGAAUAAACUCAAACUUCCGCAUGGCUGGAUUUGUUAUCUCGCACCGGAGAUUGUGCGCAAGAUGAGCCCAGGUAACAAUGAGGACCGCCUCCCUUUUUCCACCGCGGCAGAUGUGUACGCCUUUGGCACAAUUUGGUAUGAGCUUCAAGCUAGGGACUGGCCAAUCACCAACCAGCAUGUGGAAGCUACCAUCUGGCAGGUGGGGAGCGGAGAGGGCAUAAAGAAGGUUUUGACGGAGAUCAGCCUGGGCAAGGAGGUCACUGAGAUCCUCUCCGCCUGCUGGGCGUAUGACUUGAGAGAGAGGCCGACCUUCACCCAGCUGGCCGACAUGCUGGAGAAGCUGCCCAAGCUCAACCGCAGGCUGUCCCACCCUGGACACUUCUGGAAGUCUGCAGAGUUGUAGCGGCCGCUCUGAAACAUACGCAAUGCAAAACAAAGCCUGGGUCUGCCUUGCAUGCUCCUGAAUCCUUAACUCUUACAGGAUUGAUCAAAGCAUUGCCUCUGCCUGAAACGGGCGCUGCUUCCACUAAUCCACAGUCUGAUCUUCCGUGUCUAACAGUUUCCAUGUUCAGAAGGAGAAGAUUGGUGGACUGAGGUGUGGCAGGGGGACGGCCACUGCGCGCCCCCCCACCACCCACCCACCCCCGCGCUUUUCCCUCCGUUCGUCAUAUAUCUCUUUGCCUUCCUUUUGUUCCUUAUUGUCAUUCGGGACUCUGAGGCUUGUGAGUAGCUGGCUUGUGGUGUCUGUGCUGAGACUGACUGGUGUGCUGCGGUGUGCGCCUGCCGACGGCUGGCCUGCCCCCCACCCCCCCCAAACCCCCCACCCCCGCUCACCUUCUCUGUGCUGCUGUGAUGUGGUUGUUCCCGAUGGGGCCUCCUGACCACAUGGCUCUUUUUCCUCUCUGAAACAUGCGCGCACACACAAACACACACCGCUGGACGUUAAACGGACCCUGCCACCAAAUGGACCACUUCAUUUAUCUGUGUUCUCCCUGAGGGUUUGACACGCAUUCGACCGGGCUUGAGUGAUGUUCUCAAACCAACUGCCUCUCCACCGCUCCUUUCCUUUAUUUAUUUAUUUUUUUUUUUAAAUAAAAAAAAAAGGGUUGUGCGACAGCAUGUGCUGAGACGUUCGCCAGCCCACGUCUAGACGCAAUAUGCACUUUGUCUACGGGGGGGGAAAAAAAUCAUUUCUUUUUCUUUUGCUGUGACUUAGUUUGGUUUUAAAUAGUCAUAUUUGCAGUGUUUUAUUCUUCUUUUAUUCUCUUCAGGAGAUUCUCAGAGGCUUCGACAGUGUGGUAUGCUUAUUGUAUGUUGUCGUUUUGGAGUAUAAUCUGGUAAAUUCACUGUUUAUGGGAUGCAUUUGAAUACAGGGCACUAGUGAAGAGUUCCAGAACUGCAGCCUGAGCGAAAAGGAAAAGGGGAAAAGUUCCACGUGAAUGAAAUACUACUGGCUAUUUCUGAUUAAAGACUUUUUAAUAAUAACAAAGUACAUCCGUUGAAGUGUAAAGUGCACCUUAUAAGAAUAGGAGUCUUUCAUGGAGUUUCAAGAAGUGCGCAAAAAAAAAAAAAAACAACAAAAAAAAAGAUAAAUCAGGAACCUGAAAAGUGUCCUCUAUCUUCCUUAAACAGUACCUCUUGUGCGCGCUUGUGUAUACCGUUUGUGGUUGCUUCAGUUGGCGUGCUGGUGUUAAUGUGUAUUGUGUGGGCGCGACUGGGUGAGCGCACUGUGUUGGAACAUGUAGGGUUGUUUUUUUUGUUUUUUGUUUUUUUUUGGUGAAAGACUGCAGUAAAUGUUGUGUUGCAAUUCCUAUGGUAUGUAAUGUACAUACAUUAUUUAAUGUACAGCAAAUGAACACGAUUCUUCUAAUAUUUGUACAAACAUUUUAUAUGUAAAGAAAUGCGUCACGACUUUUUGGAAUAGGUACUGCUAUGGCUAUUACAGAUGUGUACAUAUAUAUUUAUAUUUUUUUCAUGUAUAAAAUACUGUAUAAAGGCUGUACAUUUUUUUUUAGAACGGGCCAAUACAUGUUUUUUAUGUUACUGUAAAAAUUCAUAUUUUUGUAUUGCAUGUGACGACCAUUCUGUACACGCAGUUUUCUGUUUUCAUCCAUGGAAGACAAUAAAAUGAGGCUUGUCAUGUAA